AUGGACAGCAUCCGUCAAGAUGAUCCGUUCUUGUGGGAUACAGAAACCCUCUCAAGGGAGAUUUGCUCCCAAAAUACCCCUUGGAUAAAAGAUCCAGCUGCGCUAGCCGCAAAGCUGGCUGAUAAUGAUAUUGACGGGCGCACCCUACUCUCUUACGAAUUUCUACUCUCAAAGGCCGAGUUGAUGGAAUGCCUUGGUCUGAAGGCAGCCCGAAGCAAAGCAGACUUGGUAGAGACGAUUGUCAACUUUCGGGCAAGAAGCAAAAGUUUUCGGUCAUGGAAAAAGACUUUCUUGAAGACUCAGGCCAUGCUCCUAUCUGAUGAUGAGCAGGAUGAUGUGAAGGCAAGGCUCUCGCCUAUACCGCCUUUGAAGCGACCCUUGGAUCCGACACCAACUCCAAACGCUCAAAACCUCUCAACUCAGUAUGAACCACACGCAACAGUCGAAGCGUCUUCGGUAAAUGAUCAAAUCGCCAAAGACUUUGAUGGCGCCUUGUUUGAACCUGAUGGGGACUAUUCAAUGCAAUUGGAUGGCGAUGCAGAUUCUGUUACCCGGGUCGAUUCUGCCAAUAGACUCUCAUCAAUUGCUUCGCAAGCGCCUCUCCACACUUCCGCAGAUGAUCAGGCAAGCGAAGAAACAUCUUGCAAGAGAAGACGCUUAGAGCCGAUGAAUUUGAGCGCAAAGCCGUUGGCCGAUCCAAGUUCCCUUGCUCUAUUUCAAUCUGAGUCCUUCAAUUUGAUUGAAGCAGCCAAGAGACCGCGUAAUACUCAUCAGUCCUCAGAAUUGGAACCCAUUUCAAAAUUUUCCUACCUAGGGAGCGACAGAAUUCAUCGUCAAGAUAUCCUGUCUUCUUUUGGUACUCCAGACUGCCCUUGGAUAGAUCUUGGCGGAGGCGGAUUUGCGAUUGUGACUCCAAGCCAUGCAAAGCCUCCUGGGCGGAGGCUUGUUGUCAAUCGCAUACUGCGGAUGCGCUUUCUCAAGAAUUCUCGGAAACAAGCUACGAUGAAGCGCGGAUUUAUUCCUCUACAAUCGCCAACUCCUUCUGACGGGAGUGAGGUGGUCAUAGACUUGGAUGCCCUGCCUGAUUCGUGGGAUGAACUGACACAGCGAGAAAUUGAUGAAGAGGAAACAGAAAAUGCAGCAAAACCAUUUAAACCUGACACCUUUCUGUCGAAAGAGCACGUGGAGGUCAUCCUCAAAGAGGAAAAGGCUGCUAUGGAAAAAAAAUGGAAAGAAACGAAGCUGCCCAAGCGCGAACGCCGAGCAUAUAAAGUCUGGAUGGAUGCUAAAAGAAUAGGGGAGGUUAAGAAGAUUAUUUUCGACAGUCAAAAACGCGCGGAGUACCUCGAUGAUCGGAUAAAAAAACUCUGUACCGAAUUUCUCGGCAUUGAAUGGGUCAGAGAGAGCGAGCUUCGUACUAAAUCUGCCUCUAUGGAAAUGAGCUUGAACGAAAAGCUUGAUAAACUAUGGCUCGUUUCGCUGCUUGAGAGGCGACAGCCCCCUCCAAAGCCUUUGGGGGUUUCGAAACCGAAAUCUUCAGCACCAAAGGUGCGCUUGGAAAAUUCGGAUGAUGAACUAUUGACUAGUUCAGAUGAAGAAGACUUCAUCGUACCUGACAACGACCUCGAUGUGGCCAUGGUUGACGAAGACUUUUUUAAGAGCGCUCCUGCGUCACCACGAGAACGGCGUGUCCGCGAAGCAAGCCACCCCUUGUCUGAGGUUGACGCCUCCAUGGUUAUCGAUCUCACGCAGGUAGAAUAUUUACCUGGUCGCUUAGAUCGCGAGGCGACACGAGAUCAUGAGGCGACAAUCGAAUGCAUCGAUUUGACAAUUUCACCGAUAAAAGAACAGGUGGACGACGCCCCUUUGCUCAUCAAAGAAGAGCCAAUCAAUUUGACAGAAGAAGUCCCUCCUAUGGAUCAACUGGGAAGCUUGGAGAAGAUUGGCGAGACGUCUGCAAAACAUUGGGCAAAAGCAAAAGACCGCUGGAGAUUGGUUCUCUGUCUGCUGUGGAAGCUUAUGCAAGCUCGCCGUGAGCCGAUUCUCCAGCUAAUGCAGCGAUUUAACGCAGAAGAGGCCUGGCAGGCGUCCGUAAGCCUCUACCAAGCAAAUCCUUUUACAAAGGAGUCAGACAUCGGAAAUGACUCAGCAAAAACUACGGCCUUUGACCUCACAAAGCUGUUUUUAAGCUUUUCUCAGUGCCGCCAGUACGCGGACGAUCGGAUCGUGGCUUUGAAGGAGAAAGACCAAACCCGUCUCAACCGUGCAAAGGCAAUUUUCCCAGCUUUCCAUGCCUUUAUCAGAGAGUGGGCUCCCGAGUAUCCGCAAAGCAGCCAGAUCUUUAGAACCGAUGCCUUCGACGAUGCCUUGGAUGAUGAAAUUGGACCAGAUGGCCUCCUUGAUCACUCAGUCAAUAAUACGGAGAGUUCAUCAAAGUCACGCAAACGCGCGACUAAAGAAAUUGUGCAGAACAAAGAGGGUGUUGAGCUCCGAGAGCAAGGCAAAAAACGCGCUGAGGAAUACGAGGCUCGUGCAGCCAAGAAUUUGAGACUCGCCACGCUAUCCAGCACCAUGACAGAAGGCGAGGCUCGACUGAUUAUCAACGAAAGUAAACAAGACGAUCAGUCAUUCAUCUAUAUCAGCAAAAAAAUCGGCGAGCGCAUCAAAGACCAUCAGAUCAAAGGAGUCCGGUUUCUAUGGAAUCAGAUUAUUCUCAACGCAGACCUUCGACAAGGCUGUCUUCUGGCGCAUACCAUGGGUUUAGGAAAGACGAUGCAGGUUAUUACUCUUCUUGUGGCUAUAGCUGAGGCUUCUCACUCAGACAAUGAGUCCAUUACGGCACAGAUACCCAUGGACCUGAGAUCUUCACAGUCACUCAUCAUAUGCCCUGCUGGAUUGGUCAUCAACUGGCUUGAAGAAAUUAAUGCGUGGUCACCCGAAGGCAUCCUUGGCAAUGUCUUCAUAGUGGAAUCGGCACAGUCCAAGUCAGACCAACUCUCAACGAUUGAAUACUGGGCAGAAUAUGGCGGUGUUUUGGUUAUGGGACAUGAGAUGUUUAAAAGAACGCGGGCCGCAAACGACAACGUCAAACAAAUAUUGACGAACAAACCCAACAUUGUCAUUUGUGACGAGGCCCACACAAUGAAAAAUCCGGAGAGCCAGCUUCACCAAGUCUGCCAAGACUUUCUCACCAAAAGACGGAUUGCUUUGACCGGCUCCCCGUUAUCCAAUAACAUUAAGGAGUACUAUUCAAUGAUAAAUUGGGUGGCACCAGGGUAUCUCGGACCCCAAAAGGAAUUUGCAGAUAUAUACGCAGAACCUAUUGAAAGGGGACUCGACAGGGAGAGUACUUGGUCCGAGAAACGCAAAGCCCUGAAAAUGUUGGAGGUUUUGAAGAUGACUGUUGCUCCCAAAGUGCAGCGAGCCACUGUCCAGGUUGUCAAGCAUGAGCUACCUCCAAAGUAUGAAUUUGUCCUCUUCGUCAAGCCUAAUCCUCUUCAAGAAAAGCUGUACGGCAUUUACUUGAAUGAAAUGGUGGCUGCGGCAUCAAAAACGAGUGUAGUGAAAUUCGUGGCGCAACUCGGGGUCAUCUGCAACCACCCUCGCUGCUUCAGGCAACUGAUGCUCAAUGAAAAGGCAGCAUCGAAGACGCCAAAGGCGGCACAGCAGUCUGUAAGAGGCCCUAGAGAUGAGGGAACCGACGACGAAAGCGAGAGUCAUGGUCGCCCGACAAAAUUCCCCCCGAAUAUGAUCUCGACUGUUCUUAAGGAGACAAACGGGAAAGAUAUAGCCAAUCCUGAACUUUCGCAAAAAGUUGCGCUCCUUCUCGUCGUGUUAGACCAAGCGCGCGCUAUGGGAGACAAAGUCCUCGUCUUCAGUGAGUCUAUCCUGACGCUAGACUACCUCGAGGAGCUGUUCAAACAGCAAAGACGAGCAGUACAGAGGCUAGACGGUUCCACACCCGUGAGCAAACGGCAAGGUAUGGUCAGGGCUUUCAACACCGGCAAGGCUGGAGAGUCGGAGAUCUACCUAAUCUCCACAAAGGCAGGCGGAGUAGGCCUCAAUAUACAAGGAGCAAACCGAGUCGUCAUCUUCGACUUCAAAUGGAACCCAGUGAAUGAGCAACAAGCUGUUGGCCGAUCCUACCGUUUUGGACAACAGAAAACGGUAUAUGUAUAUCGCUUUGUCAUUGCGGGCAGCUUUGAGGAAGGGCUACAAAACAGAUCGAUUUUCAAGACGCAGCUCGCAUCGCGUGUUGUAGACAAAACGAACCCCAUUGCCUGGGGCAAGCGGAACGGAGAUUUGUUCAAGCCCUUGGCGACAAAACCAACCAGCGACCUCAGUCCUUUUCUAGGCCAAGACGCCAUAUUGGAUAAGCUGAUAGAACUGUCAAAAGAUGACGGGGCCAUUCGGAAAAUUCUUUCGACAGACACAUACGAAGAAGAAGACCCUGCAAAUGAGCUAACAGCCGAAGAGAAAAAGGAUGCUCAAGAAUUGCACGACAUGGAACGGCUGAAGCAAACGGAUCCUGAAAAGUAUUGGAGAAUGUACGCAGAAAAACAAAGAGCAGCACAGAUUCGAGCUAUGGCCGACGCCGCUCGACCGCCUCAAGGAACACAAAUGCCACCCACGUAUUCAUCCCCAAAUCCAGCCCAGCCACAAUACAAUCAGCAAGCACAGCAUAGCCAGCACGUACAACACAAUCAGCAAGCGUCUGCCACUCCUGGACUUUCCUUCCAGCCAGUGCCAAAUGCCAACACUCCGUCGUUCUCGCAAGCACAACCAGCCACUAUGGCGCCAACUGCCUCCCAUGUGCACUUUCCAUCGUCGGCUCCUUUACCUAUAACAGGGGCGAACACGUAUAUCCGGAAUCCUGCUGCGUAUACUAACCCUUCCGGAAACACAAGCACUAUAAUGCCCAUCAGGCCUUCACCCACACCGCAACAAGGAGCAGAAUCUUUGCCAAGUCCUCCAGGGCCAAGUUCUGCGCCGGUAGUGGCACCGACAUCCGGAAAUGCGAAUACCACGACAUCCUUGUUCAGCCAGUCUCGAAAUCAUUCUAAGACGGAAUUUGAGUAUGUGCUGGCUACGUUGGUAAGGGACCAACCCGGAUAUACAGGCAACGCAGCAGAACUAGCAGAAAGAGUCACAGUGGGCAUUUCCAAAGCUCUGCAGAAGCAGGCUUGGGGAUUUCUUCCUGACAAUUACCGCUGGCGCCUGCUGGUCAAUCUCGUACGAGAACAUCACCGGCUUGUGCCAGCGAUAAUGUGGGGAAAUUGCACGCCUCAGUACUUGGCAACAGCGCCUGAAAAGGAAUUGCAAGAUAGGAUCUUACUUAUGAAUAGCCAAGCGCAAGGUGACUUUAACACUCAAUUGCAACGCAGUGCCAGUGCGCCUGACCCAAGCGCCAAUCUCGCAGUCUCCCCGAGCCAGUGA